UGGAGUAAAAGAGUUACAAAAGAUAUCUUUCAAACCAAGGGCUUGCAUAUUCUGAGAAGACUCUUUACAGACUCAGUUAGCCUCCCAAAAUAUCCACAGCCUCAAGACAUUCCACCCCCCACUUUCUGCUGACUCAUUCAGAUUGCAUAUUGCAAUGAUGAAACUUGUGAGCCAUUUGCUUACCAUCUUGGUCAUCGUGUCCUCUAUAAUAGAGUUAAACUCUGAAGAGGAGCUCACAGAGACAAGAUUUGGUUAUCCACCACCCCGACACGGACUCGCCUUACUUAAGUGGUAUGUGAAAACAUGCAUUGACAAUAACAUGGUGGCUCUCUGUGAUCCUGUGGCAGGAGUCUUUGGGUUCCAUGUGUUCCAUAACAGUGGGCCCCUGCUCCCCAAGUUGAAGGACAAACACACAUAUGCAUACUUCACCGUAGGAAACCUUCACUACCAGCACGCUGAGGAUCUUCCCUAUGAAGUGAGGAAAUACUAUGAUCGACAUAAUCAAUUGAGUAACAUGGACAGGGUCAUUGUCAAGCUCAACAAGAACAAGAACAAAAUUGAGGAGAUCUACAUAUCAGAGCACUAUAACCCUCCCAGAACUUUUCAGUUAGGGGCCCGUCUCAUCGAAGACUUACGGCGAACUGAGAACUCAAAACAGAUAAUUUUAUAAAUAAUCAAUUUAAAAAAGUAGAAUGUCUUUUAAUUAAAGCAAUAUUCCAGGUUCAGUACAAGUUAAGCUCAAGUGACAGCAUUUGUGGCAUAAUGUUGAUUACCACAGAAAAUAGUUUUGACUAGUUUAUUUAAAAAUUGCGGUUAUAGUAAGUCACUUACAAUAGAAGUGAAUGGGGCCAGUCAAUGAACAUUAAAACACACAAUGUCUCAUUUAAGUAGUAAUGAAUAUUUCUUUAACAUUUCAUAAUAAGAUGGAAUCUCAGGACUGGGAAUAACUGAUUAUCUAGACCCUACUAUUCUGAUGUGAGUUUUUGCAGUUUCAGUUUACUGAUUUGGUGGUCAACUUUCACUUCUGAAUAUGUCUUCCCCACUGUGUUUCCCUAAUGUAUUGCACUUCUCUUUUUCAUUCUUUCGAUCACAAGCCACAAAACCCAACUAUUUUUAACAAAAUUCUAUAAUAAAAACCCUUUAACAUUUA